CGGAUGGGGGAGCGCCACUUCCGGUUUAGGCACCCGGAACUUCCGGGCACUUCCGGUUCCGGCUGUGGCGGAGCGCGCAGAGCUCGGCAACCAUGAUUGAAGUCGUCUGCAACGAUCGACUGGGCAAGAAAGUGCGGGUGAAAUGCAACACUGAGGAUUCCAUCCGGGAUCUGAAGAAGCUGAUAGCAGCGCAAACUGGAACCCGUUGGGAUAAAAUUGUGCUCAAGAAGUGGUACACCAUUUUCAAGGAUCACGUCACUCUUGGCGACUAUGAGAUCCAUGAUGGGAUGAACCUGGAGCUCUACUACCAGUAACGGCUCCCAGUUUGUUCUGGUGAAUCAUGGGGAACCCCCCACCCCCACCCCACAUCCUGAAAUCCCUGUUAUCCACUGCUAAAUCCCGUUAUGUCCAAGCUGGAGCAAUGUUGAAGCUCUAAACGUGCAGCAGAAGCUCUAAAUGUGCAGUAGUGACCCUGGAGUGUUGAGUUGGUUUAUAAUAAAGGUGUUUUUCCAGGC